AUGGCCAUUGUACAUGAGCCACAGGAGCCCAUCAGAAACCUGGACCUGGAAAGCCUGGUUUCCUCUCAAGGCCUGAUGCAUGACCAGCACCAGACGACUUUUGUCAGCUGCACCCUGGCUCUGGAGAAGGCUCGUUGUUUCAGCCUGAACACGGACUCCACUCUGGUGCAGGAGCUCAGCUGCAUGGAAGGGCUAUGGCUGCCCCGGAACCCUCAUCCCACAGCCUCCCCCCCCCCCCACCGAGGGCUGGCAUUUGACUCACUCUGUGGGAACCUGUUGAAGGUGGACUCUCAUAGAAACGUGCUGCUGGAUGCCCCUGGCUUCACAAGAGAGAGAGGGGUGGGUGGGAGGGCAGACGUAUGGAGUUUCUACCCCAGCAAGUUCAUCCAGAGAGGUGACAUUCCUCGCUUCCAUGUCCUCAACAUGCUCUUCCAUCUGCCAGAAACCUACCUCUAUGCAUUUUACUCUGUCCUCUGUGGUCUGUCCCAUUGUGUCACUGGUGAUCACCAUGGGAUCUUUGUGUCCUUCUGAAGCCUCUCCUAGGAUGUGACUGAUGGAUGGCUGCUUCACAGGAAGACUCUGGAGGUCUUGAAAGAAUGCAUGGAGAAGGAUCGGAUCUCCAUCUUGCUGGGCAAGGUGAAUGGGAUUGGGAAAGGAUUUUUGGCCACCAACAGUGACUGCAACUAUACUGGUGUUGAGGCCUCACCCCAAACCUGGAGGGCCUAUUUUGACCUAAUUGUGGUAGACACACAAUUGCUGAUGUCUUGUGUUUCGUGGAGGGGAGGCUCCCUGGAGACAGGAAUCCAGGAGACUACUUUAGGACCUGGUGACAUUGAACCUGCCAUUAGUCUUACCACACAGAUCUAUCGAUCUCCUGAGCCCUCUAUGAUCAGGGAGGACAGCUCUCUUGGCUCCGGGCUUCCUCUUCCCCUCCAGGAUUCUGGGAAGUUCUGUGUGGGUACCUCUGCUGGUCCCCGCCAGCCCUGUGCUGUUUACUCUAGAGGUACCAGCUUCAGGCACUGUCUGCUAUGCCAUCAGCGCCCCCUAGCUUCCGUCCCAGGGCAGAACUGUGAGCACGCAUUUGUCAUUCUUUGCUUCAGCUGGCUCAUCAGACACGUAGGGGAAGAUUCACAGAGUAGGAAAUUGCAGGCCGGGCACUCGGGAGGCAGAGGCAGAGGCAGGCGGAUCUCUGUGCAGGGCUGGCGUACUUACCUCAGGGUUUCUGAGCUGUCCUGGGAGCUGAGCAUCUGGGCGAGAGAGAAGGAGCCGCCAGAGCAUCUGGAGCGGCUAGACACACACACCUGGCAGGUCUGUACCAGUCAGCGUGCUGCUGGCUUUCCUGGGUGGUCAGGGUGA